GCCAAUUGCUACGAAAAUAGCAGUGAAGACACGGCGCUAGCUCCACACUGAGCUUUUCCCAACCAGAAGUGGAAUAUCCACGGCUGAAAAAAAUAACAUGGCCUCGCUGGGGGAGCCGGUGCGAUUAGAAAGAGAUAUUUCUCGUGCCAUAGAGCUGCUGGACAAACUCCAGAGAACAGGAGAAGUACCUCCUCAGAAGCUGCAGGCCCUACAGAGGGUUUUGCAAAGCGAGUUCUGCAACGCUGUACGAGAGGUUUAUGAACAUGUGUAUGAGACAGUGGACAUUAACAGCAGUCCAGAGGUCAGAGCCAAUGCCACAGCAAAGGCCACAGUGGCAGCAUUUGCUGCAAGCGAAGGACACUCCCACCCUCGCGUGGUGGAGCUGCCAAAAACCGAGGAAGGCCUUGGUUUCAACAUCAUGGGAGGAAAAGAGCAGAACUCGCCCAUCUACAUCUCCCGUAUCAUCCCCGGAGGCAUCGCUGACCGUCACGGUGGCCUCAAGAGAGGAGACCAACUGCUCUCGGUCAACGGAGUGAGUGUAGAAGGAGAGCACCAUGAGAAGGCGGUGGAGCUCUUAAAGGCAGCACAGGGCACGGUCAAGCUUGUCGUCCGUUACACUCCUAAAGUACUGGAGGAGAUGGAGUCUCGGUUUGAGAAGAUGCGAUCUGCCAAACGCCGCCAACAGAACAGCUACCCGCAGUAGGGUAACCUGCCUGUGGCCAUGAUAUUCUUUCUCUCACUCUCUCCUAUUCUCUCUCUCUCUCUCUCUCUCUCCAUUCUUCCUGCCCAGGGAUUGGACACACAUGUGGCACUUCUUCGUUUUUCUGGAAUUUUCUAAAACUUCCCUCCCACUUCAAGUUUGAGCACACUCUCUCUCUUUUUCACGGUUUUGUGAAAAUAAACACUAUCCCCACCCCCUUUGUGGUUAUACUCAAACACGAUGACACGCAUUGUACAUCACGCUGUGUCAGGUGAAGGUCGAAGGGUCAGGAUUGCAAGGGGACCAUUAUGGAGUCGCUUCUGAGGUCAUUUAAAUGAAGGGAUAAAAGUUUAAGUGCCUCACGAGCUUCAAGAAAAAUGUAAUAGCUUGAGCUGUAAUGUAAUAGCACAAUAUUGUAUGUUAAAUAUACUGACGGAUGAGCAAAAUAAAUGCAUGUUCAUCUUUUAAACACUUCUAAAAUUGAAAUGAGUGUCAGCGGGGCGUUGGAAGUAGGAACAUGAUGCAUCAUAUCACUUACACAGUUUGUGUCAAGGUCAGCUGGAAAGAAAUGUCACACUGCGCAACAAGCAAAAACACUAUCAUGAAUUUGUUGCAUUGUUUGUAUUAUCUUAGUUUUGAUUUAUUAUUAAUAAGAAGAAGAAGAACGAAUUCAUUUUAUGGGGUUGCAGGGUGAAAAGAUAUUUUUAAUCGCAAAGAAAAAUGCUUUUGUUUCAUUGUGUUAGGGGUUGUCCAGAAAAUCCUGAUUUGUUACUAGUGGUUUUUUUUUUUUUGUAGUUCCUAGCUUUUUCAGCAUUUCCAAUUUCUACUUGUAACAUGAAGCAGCAAGGUAAUAUAAAAUGUAGACGGUUUGGUGAAGUAGAUGUUAAGCACUGACUCCCUUCACACUGAAGACUUGGGUGAAAAUAUUUAACUACACUGAGAUAUUUAUUUCUUUGAAAUGUACCCUAGACAUAUUUUGUAGCAUAAAAUUUCUAUUAUGUAUAUGCAGUAGCUUAUAGGAUUUGUUUGCUAUUCCUAUUGCCAGUGAUUUUUUUUUUUUCUCCCCUCUUUUUUUUUUUUUUCAAGUGGGUUCGAUAUGUAGCUGCUUGCUAGGUUGACUGUCUCUUAAGUCCCUGAUUUAUUUUCAUUUUAUGAAACUGGGUGAGAUUCAUUAUUCAGUAAACACAAUAACGAAUGUUCUCUUCAUCCUGCUCGUUCAUCUCAUGGCAAUAUUUGUACUGUCUCAGAAAUCAUUCCACGGACGCGUCACACUUGAUCCGUGUUCUCAUCGUGCUCAUGAUAUUAAAAAAAAAAGCGGCGACGUUUCAAAUGUUUUUAACCUUAAACACACUUUGGCUACGUUCACACUGCAGGCUGAAGUGACUCAAAUCCGAUCUUUUCGCCCAUAUGUGACCUGUAUCCGAUCUUUUAUUGACAAUAUGAACGACACAGAUCCGAUUUUUUCAAAUCCGACCCAGGCCGUUUGGAUAUGUGGUCCUAAUUCCGAUUCCUAUCCGCUCUUUUCAUAUGCGACUUCAGUCUGAACCGCCAGGUCGCAUUCAUCCGACUUGCACGUCAUCAACAAGCCACAAACGUCACUAUUCUGCGCUGAAGUAGGCGGCGGGUCUCUCAAAAAAAGUUACAACAACAUGGCGCAUAAUCACAGGCGCAGAUAGAGGGUGGGACUCGUCCCACCCAGAUUUAAAUUCACCUCGCUCGGUGUCCCCCCCACUUAUAGGGAGGAAAAAAUGUCUAUGCUGUCUUUCUUUGCAUAAGGCAAACCUCACGGAAAAAUCAAAAGACUAAUUACCAUUCGGUUUAUUGAGGUGCACAGCAGUGUAUACAUAGUUGCAACAACUCACAUAAAACAAAACAAAGACUGAUAUUCGGUUGGUUGAGCUGCGCAGACUGCGCAGGUUGCGAGCUCGAGCUUGGUUGCUAUGGUAACCCACAACAAGUUUGACAGGCAUAUCGGGGUUGGGGUUGGUUUGCUGGCAGCUUUGUCCCCCCCAGUUCAAAAAACGUAUCUGCGCCCCUGCGCAUGACAUCAAUGCGAGGGACGCUUCGGGCUGUGAAGGUUCUGAAUCUUCUCAAUGGAAGGACGCAGAGGUUAGGGAGCUGAUUUCCAUUUGGGGGGAUGCAGCUAUUCAAGCUAGAUUGGAUGGGUCAUACCGCAACCGGGCGGUUUUACUUCCGUAAACACUGGCCAUGCUCACUGCGUGUGACGUCGUCGUAUCCUGCAAUGCGCAUGCGGAACACUUUUAGGUCGCUUUUCGUUCAUACUGAGGAUCACAUACAAGUCGCAUAUAUUUGUUAAUGUGAACGACCUCACAAAAAAAUCGGAUUUCACAAAAAAAUCGGAAUUGAGCAUUAAGCCUUGCAGUGUGAACGUAGCGUAUCACUGUCAUGAUUAAAAGAAAAAUGUUUCUUCUUCUCAGUCUCUUAAAAUAUUUAGCAUGUUUCUAAUUGUAGAUGUUCAUUAAUCAUGGAGAGACGUGAGGAGAGAUGGUCUGAUCUCUUGUGUGUUUAAAAAAAAAAAAAAGCCUUCUCGUAAUUACAGCCAUUCAGUCUUCCUUAAAAAUCAUUGUGGAAAAAUGAAAGAGUGAGAUGCUUUAUUGUUCUCUGAAGUUUUGAGAGCACAGGUUGCACGUCUCCAUCUCUGACUUUCCCCUGACAUUUCACGACCUGAAGUUACACUAAGCAAUAAAGCUUGCUCUUCUUUCUCCAGCUCCUCGCCACUAAAUCUGUGUCACUUUUCGAAGGCUUACUUGCUAUUUUUGUAACAGCAUUUUCUUAUGAUGUUUUGCUUGCCUUUUUUGAUGAAUCUUAUUCACAGGAUAUUUUUUUUUCCAAGGAAAUGAUUUGUAUUGCUUUUCUGAGGACAUUGUCCCAUCGUUUUCUUUCGAGUACAAAGACCAAACGUGCAAUUUUUCUGACAGCUAUUUGAUAUAAUUUGAUAUGUUGAAUGUCCAGUAUGCUAGUUUGGGAACGUUGCUUUAAUGAGCCUAAAUAUUAUUGUAUCCUUUGACGUUGCUCUUCUUUCCUGGUGAAUUGUCUUACAUGUGAUGUAGAUGCAUAGAAUUAAAUAUUACUUCUUGGCUUUACUUCAGAGUAAUGAUUUAAAGCUGCACAAAAUAAAUUACACACACACACAAA